UUGGUUCGGUUCACAAGUGCCGUGGUGAUGGCAGUCGUUCGCCGACCGUGACGAGAAACGUGUGUGUGCAUUGCGGUUGCCUGAUCACGGUGAAUGCACGGCGGUGCAUGCAUACCACUAGCAGCUAGCAGCGAGUUGCAGCUUGCAGAGAAGACAGACAGAGACGGUGAUCCGCGUGGUAGGGCGAGGAAGAAGAGGAACAAGUGUGUCCGCGUGAGCGACACACGGAGUAGAGCGAAAGAUGGCGACGACGCAUCGGAAGAUGUUAAGGUGGUGAUGCGGUUCGCGCGAGUAUCCUCAUCGUCGUCGUCGUCGUCCUCGUUAUCCUCGUGAUCGUCUCGCUCGUGAGAUCGCUCAUUGAGCGGAGCGCGGCCAAAUGAUAUGGGAAUUUGUAGCAGAAGACACUUUCUAUUGACGAUAUGCAGCCUACAACUGAUUACCACUAUAGAACGUCAAGUCUUCGAUUUUUUGGGGUUUAUGUGGGCCCCGAUACUGGUCAACUUCUUCAAUAUAAUCUUCGUAAUUCUAGGAUUCUUUGGGGCCUUUCAAUAUAGACCUAAAUAUAUCAUAUCGUAUUCUAUAUGGAAUAUAUUAUGGCUAGGAUGGAACGUAUUUAUAAUAUGUUUCUACCUCAGCGUAGGGAUACUAGACAAAGAUAGUGAUAUCCUCAACCUGGGUACUGGUAGUUUUUCUUGGUGGCACGUAAAUGGGCCAGGUUGCAAAGCUGUUUACGAUGUUACGGAGCCAGAGCUCUUUAGACCUGCACGUCCCACUAAUGUAACAGACUGCGUGCUGGACUAUGAAGUUAUAGAAAUUUUACAUGCUGCAACACAAUGUAUUUUAGGUUUUAUGGCGAUUGUUGGUGGGAUCUGUCUCAGUAAAGUGUUCCUUGAAGAAGAUGAUAGCUUUGACUUUGUUGGAGGUGAUGACUUUGGGUUGGCAGGCCACACGCCGUUGCAUCCUAUGUACGUUAGCUACUCGGCUCUUCCACCACCCGCAUAUCCCCACAAAAAUUCCGCUGAAAAUAAUUACCCGACCGGCACAGCUAGCUCUCAUCAAUCUGCCUAUCGCGAAUCAAGCUUUCCGAAACACAAAAGCAACAUUGUCAAUCUCAGGAACGACACGAUCCGUAGUAACAGCAGUCGCUCGUCGAGUCGCGAUUUUCAGAACUUAGAUUAUUCGGUCGAUUAUUCGAACCCAUUGGAUCACUUGCAGCGGCCCGUGUCGCCCGUGUACGACGAAUAUGACUCGCUGGACAGCGCAGCUAAGCUGAGAUAUCAGAAAAACAAGCUAUAUUAUCCGCAUUUGGCCAAGUACAGUCCGGUCGCGCGUAUCAAAUCUCGUUCGACCGCGGCGAAGCAAGUUAGGAAUCCCACCAAACCACGACGAGUCUUCAUUGAUCACGUACGCGAUCAGCCUCUGAGAUCAUUUUACUCCGAUCCGAGAUUGGCCGUUGAUCAGCAUCAAGCGUCGAGCGAGCACGACAGGUCAUCGAAACGAGAUAGCCGACCCUUGUCUCUGUACGCGAGUAACUUUUGAAAGAUGAGACCUCUUCCGUAUUUUUUUUUUUUUUUUCUUGCACGCGAUUACUUGUUUCUGGAGAACUUGUAUGUUAAUGAUACUUCUUUUCGAACACGAUCGGCAGAUAAAAUUGCCUACGAUGUCCCUUACCGGUUUUCUGCUCUCUUAUAGUGAGAAGAAUUAUGAAAAUUAUUAUUAUAUGAACUUUUAUACUGCCGCGUAUACGACGUCUACAUGCGGUGCGUGUAACAUUAUAAUUCCUAGACUUGCCAAAUAGAUAGAACAAACAUUAAUAUAAUUAGCCCUAAUUGUAUAGAUUCCCUGUCCUUCGGCGAUCUUCGUCGGUUUAAAAAAAAAUGAGUACUUCUUGCAUAUCAUUGUGUAACUCAUUAACGGUGUUUUUCGUAUUUUGCAUCGAAAUAACUGACUGAUGUCGAAUUGUGUGUGUUCAGUAGCAUUUGCUCGUUCAUACGAACAAUCAGUGCGGUGUGACUUAUCUACUAAUUCGUAAAUGUUGCUUAUUUAUAUACAUAGAAAAAUUCAUACAUACUUCUUACAUAUACACAAAUUUAUCAUUUAAUCCUUUUACACUUUCUGAUAAUAUGCAAAUAUGAAUAAUUAAGAUAUCAAUGCUGUGAUGACACAUACGAUAAAAUUAACGUUGGACUAAUUUGAUCAUGGCCACCAUCUUAAUGAUAGUAGUAAGAUUAAUUGUGUUUGGGAGAGGCUAAAAGACGUCGCUUAUUUAUACAGAAAAGUUAUAGAAGAGAUAUGGAUAAUAACUGUGAAUUAUUUAUUUUGUAAAUGAUUUACACGUUGCUCUCCAAGUAUAGAUUAACGAAUACGCCUUGAUGUAUAUACUGUGAUAUAUAUAGAAGAUGUUUAAGAUUACACGGUAUAUUUAUACACUCUAGAAUGUAGAAAAAUCGAUUAAAGAUACAUCGAAAUUUGUAUGCAUCGAGACAUUUUACUGUAUACGCAACGUAGAGGAACGUAUUUGUGAUAAAACGCAACAUGACUAGAACGUUUUACUUAAAUGUGAAGUUCUACACCUAUAGCUUUAUCUAAUACCAGUUUUUAAAUUUGUACGAAAAAUGAAAUGACGGAAACUACAUUGUUUUGCAGUAAUAUUCUUUCUAGAUUUCCUCUAUAUGUAUCAAAAAUAAUCAAUUUCUAUAAAACUUUGUUGUACGCCAGAUACACAUGAAUAAGGACUUCAAGCUGAUACUCUAUGAAACGAUUAAAUUGCUUUUAAUUAGUUUAUUUUAGAGUUCAGUUUUGAGUUUGACCCGGUGCUAUGAACAGUUUUUAUUGUAGAAUAGUUAAAUGGGUUUAAAUGAGAGUAUAAUAUGCGAUUUGUCGAUUUUUUUUACUUUUCGCAAAUCUAAAACAUUCGAAAUAAUAUGUACAUAUAUAAACAUAAACGGUUUCCGGACUGUGUAUAACUUUAUCGUUAUUUAUUUAUUUUAAAUGUGUCUAAAUUAUUUUAAAAAUAAUUCUUGCUUUUGCAAAUUUCAUAUAAAUCUGCAUUGUGUGUUUUUUUUCAUAAUAAUAAUAAAUUUCUAAUUACAAUAAAUUCAUAUUUUGCAAAAAAAUCGUAUGUGAUUUUUGAUAAAUAUUGAAAUUUAUGUCAAAAAGUUACGUUUCCGAUUUCAAUUAUACAGUUAACUGUGUGUGCAGUUAUCUGCGAUUGUCCCAUUUUUGCAAAAGAUGAAAAAAAUUGGUGAAUCGUACUAUCUCUCUUUGUUAGUAGUGCAUGCUAGUUGUGGUCUUUUUGUAUUUUCAAUUUAGUAGAGUGUCCAGUAUUUUCAAUUCCUUAAAGUCUUCGUAGUCGUCUUUGUAGAACAAAUCGCAGUGUAUCUAAAUGUAUAGAUUAAGUCACGUAGGUAAAUUAUUCACUAUAUAUGGGAAUAUUUCUAAGACGGAAUUUCUUUUAAGACUAAGGAAAAUGUACAAUUUCAGAUAUCCCUUUUGGCAAUCACGCUUAGAACAAUUUCUAUCCACUUUGACGUUUCUCAUAUAAGUGACUGAUUUUGUGCGUUAUGUUAUAUAAUAAUUUUAUACAAAAUCUGAAGUGACAUCACGAAAAAUAUGUAUUUACUAAAUUACGUUAGUUCUUUGCGUAAAAAGUAGUUAGCAUGUAAUUAAUUAUUAUGCCGAUUAUACAGAAAAGACUGCUCUCUAAGAGAGAAAUAUAGAUAUAGCUUACACAAUUGCUUAAAUUUUGUACGCAUUAGAAAAAAAGAUAGUAAUUAUAUUUAUGAGUUUGAUAUUUUUUAGAAUAAUGUGUGGACGCACAUUAUAUACGAUCUUUAUUUUUGAAAGAGAAAUAGUUAUGCAUAUAUAAUACACAAUAUAUUAUUUAUAGAGCAUAAUAGUAGAGCUAAAAAUUAUGUUGAACAUGUAUAAUAAUGUACAUAUUUAUUUUUACAUAAUACUUAUACGAAAAUAUUAGAGAUGAUAGAGAAAAAAAUUUAUUUAUUAUAACAUGAAAUAUGAUUAUUUUUUUUUUCUACAGUGGCACUUUAAGUAAACGCCUUUUUUUUUUUAAUGGAGUAAAAAAAAUGGAACAAGGUUUUUUGUCACUUCAGAUUUAUAUUUUGAAUCAAGUAUAGUCUCUAUUGAGCAUUUCGAGUUUGUAAAGCAUAUUUAUCUUUUUUUUUAGACCGUUAUUAUUAAUUUUGUAUUUAAUUACUGUAUCACAAAUUAUUUACUUUGGUGCAGUUAAUUGGGAACAAUAAAUAUGCAAUGCUACUAUUUGCUUGCUUUUUUAUUUAUUAACCCUUCACUCUUUUCUUUUCCUGUUCUAACAAUUUCCUACUAUUUCGGUUUCUGGUGGAAUCUUUUUCUUUACAUUUCUUAGACAUUAAAUCUGUACUUUUAAUUGAAUGUUUAGUAUCUUUUGGAAAUCGGCAACAUAUUUCACAAU